AUGUCUGAGAUCACCCAUCAGACCAUCAAGGAUGGCUGGUUCAGAGAGAUCUCUGAGAUGUGGCCCGGCCAGGCCAUGACCCUGAAGGUCAAGAAGGUCCUGCACCACGAGAAGAGCCAGUACCAGGACGUCCUGAUCUUCGAGUCCACCAACUACGGCACCGUGCUAGUGCUGGAUAACGUCAUCCAGUGCACCGAGCGCGACGAGUUCUCGUACCAGGAGAUGAUCACCCACCUGGCCAUGAAUUCCCACCCGGACCCCAAGAAGGUGCUGGUCAUCGGUGGCGGCGACGGAGGCGUCCUGCGCGAGGUCGUCAAGCACGAGUGCAUCGAGGAGGCCAUUCUCUGCGAUAUCGAUGAGGCCGUCAUCCGCCUCUCCAAGGAGUACCUCCCCGGCAUGGCCGAGGGCUUCAAGCACCCCAAGGUCAAGGUGCACGUCGGCGACGGCUUCAAGUUCCUCGACGAGUACCAGAACGCCUUCGACGUCAUCAUCACCGACUCGUCGGACCCGGAGGGCCCCGCCGAGAGCCUGUUCAAGAAGUCCUACUUCCAGCUGCUGCACAACGCCCUGCGCCCCGGCGGCGUCAUUACCACCCAAGGUUCCGAGAACCAGUGGCUCCACCUGCCGCUGAUCGCCAAGCUCAAGAAGGACUGUGGCGAGGUGUUCCCCGUGGCCGAGUACGCGUACACGACGAUCCCGACGUACCCGUCGGGCCAGAUCGGGUUCAUGGUCUGCUGCAAGGAGGAGGGGCGCAACGUCAAGAAGCCGCUGCGCUCGUGGUCCCCCGGGGAGGAGGAACGCCUGUGCCGCUACUACAACUCGGAGAUCCACAAGGCUAGCUUCGUGCUGCCUACGUUUGCGGCCAAGGCGCUGGAGAAUUAG